AUGAUGAAGGCCUUCGUCUUCCUGGCAUUUAUGGCCACUACUUCGGCUUUCAGGCUUCCAUUCCAAGUUGCUAAUGCAGUCACCAACAUCACUAAAGGAGGACAAACUUUGGAACAGACUGGAACGUUCUUCGUUGCCAACUUGACUCUUGGAACACCAGGACAACUCUUCACCGUGGUCAUUGACACAAAGACUUCCGAUAUCGUUAUUCCAGAUGUCAGCUGCAGUUCUGCCUCCAACUGUUAUAACAAAAGAAGAUUCAACCAAAAUAAUUCAUCUUCUUACUAUGCUUAUGGACAACAAUACACUUACAAGAACAACCUUGGAACCUUCAAGGGAUUUGUCGGAAAGGAUACUGCUGUUAUCGGAGACCGUGCCACCGACUUGAUCACCAUCCCAGGUGUGAAAAUCUUGCAAGCCACAGACAUUGGAAUCGGAAUCGAAGGGCUAAACGCUGACGGAAUUUUGGGAUUAGCUCAAACUGGUGCAUCUCAAAUCGGUGGAAACUCUCCAUUCGUUCAAGGAGUUCAAAGUGGAGAUAUCUCUGGAACAUUCUUCUCCAUCUGGCUCGAACACUUCAACCAGACAGAUGAUCUCGGAACUCACGGAGUUAUUUACUACGGAGGAUUGGAUCCAGUCCACUGCGCACCAAACCCAUCCUACGUCUACCUUUCAUCGGGAUACACUUAUCAAGUCACCAUGACCAAUUUCAAGUCGGCUGGAACGUCGGCCACCAACUCGAACAAGAAGGCGGUUCAAGCUGUUUUCGAUACAACAACUGCUCAAAUCAUUCUUCCAACAAUGUUCGUCAGCCAAAUCCUUGACUCGAUCGGUAUCAACAUCAACACUGUUACCGUAUUCCCACCAAUUGUUCCAUGCGACACGAAAGUCACUCUUACUCUUGGAUUUGCUUCUGGAACUUCCAUCACAAUUAAUGAAAGAGAUCUUGUUGUUAGUUUCUUCGGAACCUGCAGACUUCAAGUUGUACCAAGCGCUACUGGAGACACUAUUCUCGGUAUCCCAACAUUCCGUGGACGUUGCACCUACUUCGACCCCAUCAAGCACAACAUCGGUUUCACUCCAGCACUUCUUCAAAAUUAA